AUGACUACCCACACACCCCUUACCCGCGCGAAGGAGCAAAUCCACGGCGACGAAGAAGCCGGCACAGAACUGAAACUGGGCGAAUUCCAGAACGUCUCCAGCCUGACGCUCAGCGAGACGAAGGAGGUCCUAACAGCCGUCUUCAACCACAGGCGUGAGCAAGGGAAAUUCAAAGUCCCCGACAACGAGGUGGUCACAAAGACACAACAAUACCUCGAAGUCUUCUCCCGCUUCAAACAGCGGGAGAGCGUGCAAGCUGUUGAACGCAUCCUGGCACUGCAGACCGACCUGGUUGCCUUCGAGAAGAGUCAGUUGGGCACGCUUUGCUGUGAUACCGCUGAUGAGGCCAAGGUGCUCAUACCCAGUAUUGAGGGGAAGAAGAGCGAUGAGGACUUGCAGGAGUUGUUGGAUGAGAUUACAAAGUUGAGGCAGUUUGUUUGAGCGAUCUAGUUGUUGGGGGGACAACGUGCUGAGGUCUAGAGGGGAGGAUAGACAGUGGGGGAAAUCUUCGGGUUCUGAUUAAUUUCUUCUUUCGCCCUUCUUGUGGGUGUUUUGCUUUUUUCUCUCUUCCAUCUUCAAAUUUUCUGGCUGUUAGACCUUACCUCUCCCCCUCUUAUAUUCUCUCUUUCUACCCUCCCUUGCUUGACAAGUCAAUGCGCACACUUCUUUUAUUCCCUCCAUUCUCUUUUUUUUUUUUUUUUUUUUUUCAAAAAAACCCCUCAACUCGCGAUCAUAAUAUAAUAACGGUAUGGCGAUAUAUUACCCGUUCGCCAAAACGAGUGCUUUGCUUUAUUUACUGUACCAGCACCAACCCAUCCAUCCCCAGUCCCACAGGACUUAAAAACAAUUUACAGACAACCU